AGAGACACUCCAGUAGCUUUAGCCGAGAGACAUUGAAUGACUUUGUACCCGUGCGUGCGGUCCAGAAAGUUGCCUAUUUGACGGGUCGGGAUCAGCAUCGGAGCUAAUGGAGGCCCUCAUACCUGUCAUAAACAAGCUGCAAGACGUAUUUAACACAGUCGGCGCGGAUAUAAUUCAGCUGCCGCAGAUAGUUGUGGUGGGAACUCAGAGCAGUGGGAAGAGUUCUGUAUUGGAGAGCCUGGUUGGCCGGGACCUCCUGCCACGUGGAACUGGCGUCGUCACAAGACGUCCUCUCAUCCUGCAGCUAGUCCACAUCGACCCGGAGGAUCGCAGGAAAACCAGUGAAGAAAAUGAAUCCAAGAAAAAUGGACGACUCUGCAGAGGCAUCGAAGGAGAGGAAUGGGGCAAAUUCCUACACACCAAAAACAAGAUCUACACAGACUUUGAGGAGAUCAGAGGAGAAAUCGAAACCGAAACAGAAAGAAUCUCUGGCAACAACAAGGGCAUUAGUGAUGAACCCAUUCACCUGAAAAUCUUCUCACCGCAUGUUGUUAAUCUCACAUUAGUCGACCUUCCUGGCAUUACAAAGGUACCGGUGGGAGACCAGCCCAAAGACAUAGAGAUCCAGAUCAAAGAACUGAUUCUAAAGUACAUCUCCAACCCAAACUCCAUCAUCCUGGCUGUGACUGCUGCCAACACAGACAUGGCAACCUCAGAGGCGCUGAAGGUGGCCCGGGAGGUCGAUCCUGAUGGCAGGAGGACAUUGGCCGUGGUGACCAAGCUGGAUCUGAUGGAUGCUGGUACAGAUGCCAUGGAUGUCCUGAUGGGCAGGGUCAUUCCUGUCAAACUGGGUAUUAUUGGAGUAGUUAACAGGAGUCAGCUGGACAUCAAUCAGAAGAAAGCAGUGGCAGAUUCUAUUCGUGAUGAGUACGCCUUCCUACAAAAGAAGUAUCCCUCCCUCGCAAACAGAAAUGGAACCAAAUAUCUGGCGAGGACCCUGAACAGGUUACUCAUGCACCACAUCAGAGACUGCCUCCCCGAGCUGAAGACGAGGAUCAAUGUGCUGGCGGCGCAGUACCAGUCUUUGCUGAACAGUUACGGCGAGCCUGUCGACGACAAGAGCUCCACGUUGCUGCAGCUCAUCACCAAGUUUGCCGCAGAGUACUGCCACACCAUAGAGGGCACGGCCAAGUACAUAGAGACAGCUGAACUGUGCGGUGGAGCAAGAAUCUGUUAUAUAUUUCAUGAGACGUUCGGUCGUACGUUAGAAUCAGUCGACCCUCUGGGUGGCCUGACAACCAUCGAUGUGCUCACAGCGAUCAGAAAUGCAACAGGCCCGAGGCCUGCUUUGUUCGUGCCUGAGAUUUCGUUUGAGUUGCUGGUGAAGCGACAGAUCAAACGUCUGGAGGAGCCCAGCCUGCGCUGUGUGGAGCUGGUUCACGAGGAGAUGCAAAGGAUCAUCCAACACUGCAGCAACUACAGCACACAAGAGCUGCUGAGAUUUCCGAAGCUCCAUGAUGCCAUCGUAGAAGUGGUCACCUCUCUUCUCAGGAAGAGACUCCCUGUCACGAAUGAAAUGGUUCAUAACCUCGUUGCCAUUGAGCUCUCCUACAUCAACACCAAACACCCAGACUUUGCUGAUGCCUGUGGCGUCAUGAACAAUAACCUGGAAGAACAGAGACGAAAUAGAAUGAGAGACCUGCCGUCCGCCGUGCCCAGGGACAAGUCUUUUAAAGGCCCAGGUGGGCAGACUCUCUCCCCCACCGACCCUCUUGCCCUUGAGGGCGAGGCCUCCAAGGCAGCAGCCAGUGGCUCUCAGAGCGCUUCUGCCAGUGAGCAGAACGAAAGUGGGAUGGGAAACUGGAGGGGCAUGUUGAGGAAGGAGGAUGCUGGUGCUGCUGGUGGUGACAGGGGCACGUCCCAGACCCCCGUCCUCGCCAGCCCCCAUAGGGGCCACGCCGUCAACCUGCUAGAUGUGCCAGUUCCUGUGUCCAGGAAGUUGUCAGCUCGGGAGCAGAGGGACUGUGAGGUCAUCGAGAGACUCAUCAAGUCGUACUUCCUAAUAGUUCGAAAGAACAUCCAAGACAGUGUACCGAAGGCUGUGAUGCACUUCCUGGUGAACCACGUGAAGGACAGUCUGCAGAGUGAGCUGGUGGGACAGCUGUACAAGACGGCCCUGCUGAACGACCUGCUGACGGAGUCCGAGGACAUGGCUCAGAGACGCAACGAGGCUGCUGACAUGCUCAAGGCGCUGCAGAAAGCGAGCCAGGUGAUAGCAGAAAUCAGGGAAACCCACAUGUGGUGAGGUCAGCCUCUCUCCAGCAAACUCUUGUCAUCCCUCUUCAACCAUCCCUCAUUCCCCAAGAACCCCAAGAACCCCAAGCCGACUCCUGCAGCUGCUCAGGCUGUAGAGAACCUCCUGAAAAUGCACUGGUGUGGAUAUGUGUAUAUCGAAACAUAGUUUUAAUGUACAGUAAGGACUUGGAUUAAGGGCAGAACAUUUGAGUCUGUCAGCAUCACACAUUAUAGAUUAUUAUAUUUUUCUUAAUGUAACUGAAACAGUAAAUAUACGGAUAAUGUCAUUCAUCACCACUACGUGGAGCCUUGCUGAGGAAUGUCUUCUCUUAUUAGAUUUUGAAUUAAAGCUAGAUAUGACGACCCCGUUAUUACCACAUGUAGACGCUCUCUUUAUUAGUUGUGGCCAUAAUAAAAUGUCUGCUGCAGAUUUUCCAAAGAAA